GUAGAAUCAGUUCGAGCCGAACCGCACUAGGAAGCGGUUUGGACAGUUCAUUCCACACAGUCCAAUCCGCUGUAGUACGGUUUAUAGCGAGUGUUUGUGUGCGUGUAGCAACAUUUGCUGCGAUCAGUUACUUCCCAUCAAAAAAAAAGGGUGCCAUCAGAAUCGUUGAUCGUCAGCAGCUUUUGAUUAAGUUCUCGUGACAGUGGUUGAGUUCCUGCUGGUUAAAGAUGCUGUGGCGCCUUGGGCUACUAUUCGGUGUGUGCCUAGUUCUGGCGCGAUGUGAAGAUGAGGAGGUUAUCAAAUGUGCCGGUGGUGAGUGUGUGAAGCUUCACCUUUGUCCUAAUAAUGAAUAUAACAUCGAUGGUGCAAAUAUCAUUGACAUUCGCUUCAACCCCGACAACGAGUGCGAGGACUAUCUGCUAAAGUGUUGCCCUUAUCCCGAAGAUGAUGAUGAAAUUGUGAUCCCUCCUCCAACAUCAAAUCCGGGAACGGGACCGGUUACGGGUCCAGGAACGAAUGCGGGCCCAGUAACAGGAACGGUGGAACCUGGCGCGGGUUCAGGAACAGGAUCCGUUCCUCCCGUUCAAGGAACUGGCCCUGUACAGCCGGUCCCUGGCGGUGCAGGCCAGUUGGGAACUGGUAAUAAGCCAACGGGUGGUGCUGGUGGUGGUAAACCUUAUGGACAUGGUCCGGGGCAGGGUCAAGGACAUGGUUAUGGAAGUUGUGAAGGUUCAUGCUCGAAACCUGACUCAUCUUCUGCAAGCGAUGAACAAACGGUUUUGGUUGGUGCUAAUCAGCUUUCCGGUGGCGGUAUAGGAAAUUCUGCUAAUCAGGUCAAAGACCAGUCGCAAAUAUCACAGGUACAGCAGGGUGGUGGACCACCUGUUGGUGGAACUAGCGCGAAACCUGGCUCUCCUGGAACGGGUACAUCUGGUCCUAAUCAACCUUCAGUUGGCAGUGGUACCGUCAAUCCCACCGGGGCAGGAACUGGCCAGCAACCGGGUGGCACAGGUGGAUCUCCCGGAUCGCAGAAACCAAACCAAGGACGACCAGGUGCAUCUGGAGAAGCUGGAAACCAGGCCCAACAAAGUGUUGAAAAACCUGGUGGAGCUGGAACAACUGGAGGUGCUCCUAAUCAGCAAUCUGGUCAACAAGGUUCUGGUGGGAGCCCUGGAGUAGGCGGAGCGGGUCCUACUCACAAUCCUAAUCAACAAGGCACUGGAGGAACAGGUGGUCCUGGAGUAGGUGGAGGUAGUCCUACUACUGGUGGUUCUGGUGGUUAUGGAAUAACUGGAGCUACUCCUACACCAAAACCCAACCAACAAGGUGUUCCUGGAGCUGGUGGCAACACAUCACCUAGCCAGUCUGGAGUGAUCGGUCCCAAUAAUCCUGGCACGGGAAUUCCACCGGGAAAACAACAGGAAGGAGGAGCUGGCCAACCUCAUCCGGGUUUGGGAGGUGUUAAGAAUCCUGGUGCUGGUGGUAAUCAUAACAGUGGCGUUCUGGGUACUAAACCAGAUAAACUAGGCGCGGUAACGCAGAAUCCUUUGGACAAAACCGUCGACGUACCACAGCAAUGUGGUCUGCGCAAUGCGGACGGUGUCGGAUUCCGCAUCACCGGUGACAACGAUGGUGAAUCAGAGUACGGAGAGUUCCCGUGGAUGGUAGCUAUUCUUAAGGAGGAGAAAGCUCUUGACCAGGUAAUCAACGUUUACCAGUGUGGUGGUUCUUUGAUUCACCCGUCGGUCGUCCUGACGGCGGCGCACUGUGUUCAGAAUAGAAAAACGGAAGAGCUGAAAGCACGACUCGGCGAGUGGGAUACGCAGACUAAGAACGAGAUGUUUGACUAUCAGGAUCGUAACGUUGUGGAGGUCGUAUCCCAUGCCGAAUUCUACAAGGGAGGCCUUUUCAAUGACGUAGCGCUGUUGUUCCUGGACCAUCCCGCAGAAAUAAUGGAGACGGUCAACACGAUCUGUCUUCCACCAGCAAACCAUAACUUUGACCUGUCCCGGUGCUUUGCCUCCGGCUGGGGUAAGGAUGUGUUUGGAAAACAGGGCACUUAUCAGGUGAUUCUGAAGAAGAUCGAGCUACCGAUCAUGCCAUACGAGCAGUGCCAAACGGCGUUGCGUACGACACGUCUUGGGCGACGGUUUAAACUACACAAGAGCUUUAUCUGCGCCGGCGGUGAGAAGGGACGGGACACGUGCAAGGGUGACGGAGGUUCACCAUUGGUCUGUCCAAUUCCUGGCACGGUCAACCAAUACUAUCAGGCCGGUAUGGUAGCGUGGGGUAUCGGAUGUGGUGAAGAUGGAAUCCCCGGUGUGUACGUGAAUGUGCCAAUGUUCCGCGAAUGGAUCGAUGAUCAUCUGCGGCAGAGAAAUAUUACUGACAGCUUCUACCUCCAUUCGUAAACAGAUGUAAAAAACCAACAAGUCUGCUUUCGGCCUGUAUCCUGCAUUAUUGUGUUCCCGAUCGUGACACGAAGUGUUUUUUAAGGAUAAUAGGAUGAGACAAUAAAUUAAAUAGAACUUUUAACACUUCUA